ACUUCCAACAGUUUCACAAUUUUGAAUCAUUGUUUAAUUUCUUCCGGAUUACUCUUUAUACUUCAAUAAACAAUUUACAAUGAUGACUCCUACGGAUUUCAUGAGAUCAUUCAUAAGCCAAUCUUGGCUGGAGGAUGAAAUCGAAGGAUCAAUCCGACAAUUGGCUGGCACCGAGUCCCAAACAACUCAAACAGGAGGAGAAACUGCUGAAGGAAAGGAAGAGGAGGUGAACAAGAAUGUCACUCCAGAAGAAGCAUUCAAGGCUGUUACUGUUGAAGGGCCCGAGCUUUUGAACCAAAUGCACACCUCCGCAAUGACCUAUCCAAAUACAUACGACAAAUUCCUCAACAACAUGGACAUGAAUCGUAUUCCACACCUCUACUGCUUCGACCACUCGCGUGUUGAGUUGGCUCCACAGGAUGGGAAGGAUGACUUCUAUAAUGCUUCAUGGGUUGAUGGAUACAGCAAGAAAUCCGCCUACAUCUUCGCUCAAGCUCCAUUCAACGACCACACCGAGUAUAUUUUCUGGAGAAUGGUGUCUGAAAGGAAACCGUCGAUGAUCCUUGUCUUCGGUGACAUUGAUGAGAAGCAAAAACGCAAGGCUCCAUAUGACAUCUCGGAUCGUGGAUUUGAAAAGUCAUUCCUUCAUGAAUUCGGAGCCAAGAGUCUGGAAGAAUGUGAGCUCAAAGCCAAGAUCUGUCGUAAAUUUUGGCCGGAAAAAAGAUCGAAGAAAGAUUUUCCAACAUUGUCGAUUCAAGCAUCAGAUGAUCAUUCGGAGACUCAUAUGAAGACUUUCAAUUUGACAGUCACUGAAAAGAAACAAGAUCAUCAAACUGUUCUCAUGCAUUUCUAUGAGUGGGCGGAUGCAUCCAAGUUGCCGGAGUACAUGUUGGAUAUGAGAGCUUCGAUCAAACUGCAAUACAUUCGUAGUUCUAAGAAGACUGGUGUCUGCAUUGGUCCGAUCAUGCUCGUUUGUGCCACUGGAGUUGAAAAAUGCGCAAUUUCUGCAACAAUUGACAUCAUUGUGAGCCGCAUCACCGAGGAACACAGAGUCGGAUUCAAGGAAACAAUGUCGGCAAUCAAGAUGCAGAGAUUCGGAUGUUUCCGUACUGUUGGGCCAUACUCGACUGCUUGUGAAAUGCUCAUGAAGUUUGCUGUCACAACUGGUGUUGUACACGAUGCAGCAAUUGGAGAGAAGCCGAAGCCACAAAAGUCAAUUGUUGGAAAGGGACCGAAGAGUGGAUUUAUCACUAAGAAGAAGCCAUCCGGAAAAUAGAACUCGCUAGAUUUAUAAAUAAAGUUUUGUCAGGAAUU